AUGUUUUAAAAUAUCAUCUAGGACUCUAUUUGGUUAGAGAAAGAGAUAUCAGAAUCUGAUUUACCCUCUCCUAACAAAAUGGAUCAAGAACCAUUUUCUGAUUUUGAAUCAAAUUUUCAUUGUACCAAAUUUUUCUUUAUUUUACUACAUAGUGUCAUUUUGUACGGAAGAACCAAUUUUACGAUUUUAGACUGUAUUAUCACCUAGUUUGUUAAAAAUCAAAGAGGAAGACACCUGUUCUAAUCAGUAGAAUUAGGAAAUAAAUAAAAGAAAGUAGAAAAUUUGGAAUGAUGAAGAAGAUUAAAGAUUAAAAUAUCUAUAUAAGUAUUAUGAGGGAAAAUGGAAUGAAAUAGUGAAAAGAAUGCCUUAAAGAAAUGCAUCUUAAUGCCAAUAAAGAUGGAGAAGAAUAAAUCCACCAAAAGAGGUAUGGUCUUUGAUAUAUUAAUGAAUAGGCAAAGUAUAUUUGGACUUUAUAACAUGAUGAACAAUUGAAAUAAUUAGUUCAUCAAUUCGGAAAACAAUGGAUGA